AUGAUCAUGGCGCUGAAGAUGCUGACAGCUGCCAGUUGCUUUGUGAAGGCCAUGUUGCGACCUUCUCCUCUCUGCCAUUCUUGGGAGAUUUUAUUUGGCCGUGAGACCUCACUGAGGAGCUUCUCUUUUAAACAUGGUAUUCCUCCAUCAGCCAAGUAUGGUGGGCGACACACUGUGACUAUGAUUCCUGGGGAUGGCAUCGGGCCUGAACUUAUGCUGCAUGUUAAGACUGUGUUCAGACAUGCAUGUGUGCCUGUGGACUUCGAGGAGGUGAUAGUUAACUCCACUUCUGGUGAAGAGGACGUUCACAAUGCCAUCAUGGCAGUCCGUCGAAACUGCGUGGCCUUGAAGGGCAACAUCGAAACUGACCACAACCUGCCACCGUCUCACAAAUCCCGCAACAAUAUGUUUCGCACCACGCUGGAUCUCUAUGCCAAUGUUAUCCAUUUUAAGAGUCUGCCAGGAGUGGAGACAAGGCACAAGGAUGUUGACAUCUUAGUUGUUCGGGAAAACACAGAGGGUGAAUACAGCAACCUGGAGCAUGAGAGUGUGAAAGGAGUGAUCGAGAGCCUGAAGAUCAUUACCAAGGCCAGGUCUUUGCGCAUUGCUGAAUAUGCCUUCCAAUUGGCCCAGGAGAUGGGGCGCAAGAGAGUGACGGUUGUGCACAAGGCCAACAUCAUGAAACUGGGAGAUGGUCUCUUCCUACAGUGUUGCAGAGAGGUGGCCUCCCGCUAUCCUCAGCUCACUUUCGAAGGCAUGAUUGUGGAUAACACCACCAAGCAGCUGGUAUCUCGGCCCCAGCAAUUUGAUGUAAUGGUGAUGCCCAAUCUUUAUGGCAACAUAGUCAACAACAUCUGCACAGGGUUGGUUGGGGGAGCAGGCCUCGUGCCUGGUGCAAACUAUGGCCAUACGUAUGCAGUGUUUGAAACAGCCUCAAGGCAAUCAGGCAAGAAUUUAGCCAAUAAGAAUAUGGCCAACCCUACUGCCAUACUUCUGGCAGGCUGCAUUUUGCUAGAUUACCUCAAGCUCCACUCCUAUGCCACCUCCAUUCGCAAUGCAGUCUUGGCGUCCAUGGAGAACAAAGAUGUCCAUACUCCAGACAUCGGAGGUCAGGGUACCACAUCAGAUAUCAUUCAGAGUAUCACAAAUCACAUCAGUACUGUCAAUUAA